UCACGUUGGUAAUAGGCGGAUAUAUUUGUCGGUAGUUUCCAAACAUUGAGUCAUGGCUUCCUCCAUUCAGUGUUUACUGGAGGAAAUCUCCGGCGUUGAAGACCCAAUAGAAGAGUUACAGAGUUUAAAAACAGCUCUGUUUUCGAUACCAGUCAGUGCUUUGAGAGACUCAGUGAGCGGUCAGCGUUUCGAUGUGAUUUUCUCUUUGCUCAGCUCAAAUGAAAGGGAGCAGGUUGAGCUAUGUGUGGACAUCCUUGAACGCAUCCUAAUGGCCCUCAGCCCCGUGCACCUGGUCCAGAACUACAGAGCAGAGCUGCAGGGGGGUUUGACCCAUCCUAAUGAAAUGGUUAAGACACUGGCUUUGACACAGAUUGGCAGAGUGGUGGAGCAUCCAGAUGCUGUCACUGAAAUCCUCAGCAACCAUGGCAUCCUUCAAGCUGUGAUCCUCAGUAUUGGGGAGGAGAAGAUGGCUGUGGCAAAACAGGCGAUUCAGUCCUUGUCUAAACUGAGUCACUCCAAACCUGGUUUAGACAAAUUAUUCCACAGUGAUCUGCUGAAAGUCAUGAAGGAUGUGAUGGCCAGAAGUGACAUAAUCAGAUACAGAAUAUAUGAGCUGGUGAUUGAAAUCUCAUCGGCUUCACCCAUUUCUCUUGGUUACUGUGCCAGCAGUGGCCUCAUUUCUCAGCUGCUCAGUGAACUGACAGGUGAUGAUGUCUUGAUCAGGGCUACAGCCAUAGAGAUGGUAACCACUCUGGCUCACAGUCAACAUGGCCGGCAGUAUUUGGCUCAGCAAGGUAUAAUGGAUAAGAUCUCAAAUAUGAUCAGAGGAGCAGAUACAGACCCCUUCUCCUCCCUCUACCUUCCUGGUUUGGUCAAGUUCUUUGGGAACCUGGCCAUUAUGGACAGCCCACAACAAGUUUGCGAAUCCUACCCAGCCUUCCAGAACAAGGUGUUCGAAAUGGCUCUUGAUCCAGACCCUGUGAUGAUGGGAGUGGCCCUGGACACUUUGGGAUUACUUGGAUCUACAGUGGAGGGGAAGCAGGUUCUGCAGAAAACAGGGGAAAAAUUCAAGGCAGUUUUCUCAAGAAUGAGCCAGCUUGCCAGUUCUGGAGCUACUGAGCUUCGAGUUCGCAGCUUGGAGGCCAUAUCACAACUUCUCACCUUACAGCCAGAACAUCAAACAGAGGACCUUUUGGCCCUGACAGAGUCCUGGUUCCACCUUCUGUCUAACCAGCCAAUGGACAUGAUUUGCAACAUCAGCACUCAGCCUUUUCCAGAGCUGCAUUGUGGGGCUUUACAGAUAUUCACUGCCAUUGCCACUCAGCCGUGGGGCCAGAAAUUAAUGAUAAACACUCCCGGAUUUAUGGAGUUUGUUUUGGAUCGUUCAACCGGUCAAACAAAAGAUGCCAAAGAUGCCAAGUUUGAACUGGUGGGGUCACUUGUGGGUUCAUCUACAGCAGCAGAGAUCCUGGGCAGUCAACAUUAUAUACGCCUGAAGAGUUAUCUGAAAGAAGGACCUUACUAUGUUUCAGCAGUGGCUGCAGUCAGCACAGAAGGAGCAGACUGAUUGAAAUAAAGUCAUGUGCACAUUAUGAGGCCUUGUCAUUGCUUAGGUAAUGGAUAAUUUCCUGAGUUCUGUGUUAUGGUUAACAUACCAGUUUUAUUCUCUCCUAUAUCAGUCUGUGAUUAAAAAUGUGGAUAAUUCUUACUAAUCAAAUCUUGGUGUUGCUCAGCUGAAAAAACUUCUUUAAACAAAAAUUUACAAAUAUAGUACAGAUCCCAAAGAGUUUGUGUUUAAGCAUUCAGUUACUUUAAGUUAACAUUAACCACCUGAUCUUUGUCGUUCCUUCUCUUUACUUCAUUAAAAAAAUUUAUCAUUAUUUGCCACGUAAAUACAUUAGUAAAGUAAGCCCCUAAUGUGUGUCCUUAAAGAAGUACAUGGAAAAAUAUUUGAUAUUUACAGAGUAUUUUUAACAACAGGGUUCAGCUUGGGGACCAUGACUAUUGCAGAAAUUGAGAAACAUUCAUGUUGGACCUUCUUAAGACAUUUGUCAUCACAUCAAAUCUGAAAUAAAAUUUUUAGAAAAAUAUUUGAGUAACAUCAUAAAGGAAGGUUGAAAUAACUGGAAUAAAAUAUGAGUAGUUUGUCUUGCAGUAAGUUUUCUAUCUGCAGUUUGAGGUUUUUCUCCCCCUUUUAUCUUAAUUUUCUAACUUUAUUAAAAAGCAGUGUUGGUGUAUCCUUUAAUAAGAAAUACUUAACAUCUCUGAAACAUGGUGUAAACAUGUGAGCUUUCAAAAUAGUUUUGUCUGAAAAUCCACUGAUAAGAAUUCAGAUGUGAUGGCUUAAUUGCAUAACUGAAUCCACAUUGUAUGACAGCAGUUCAGCAGAGUACACAUGGUAUGUUACUGUGUUUAGUUUACCAAUUACUUAAGCAAUGACAGCACAACCUUACAAAAUAUCAAACAUUUUCAACCGUUUAUCAUCCAUUGAGUUAAACAAAUACAUUUUACAGAAAAUGAAACUGGUAAUUCACACAGAGCAAACAAAAAACAACUUGAUUAUUGAAACAUUGCUCUCAAGAUUUAACGUUUAUCAGAUCAGCUUUUAUUGUGGGAGAUUUUUGAUUUAUUGUUUUCUAAAUAAAAAAUAAAAUACAAUUUCACA